AUGUCACAACGAUCUAGCCAAGGUCCUUUUACGCAAGGCCCGCCAGAGGUGAUCAUGAUCGACGAUUCGGAUGACGAAGAACUUCCACCAGUGUCUAGCAUCGCUAGCACCUCGCGCAAUACCUUGAGUGGUCAAACGAAGCAAGAAGCAGCUUUGAUCAUUUCCGAAGAAUCUGACUCUGCGCAAGCCGAAGAGAUCUCUGGUAGCGUGGAAGGGCUCCCGCAAGAACCACCAGCCUCGGGGCAGCCACAAGCAACGCCGCACGUUCAGAGACAGGUCGUCACAAAUGCUGCCAAUGCAGGCGAAGAUGUGGAAAUGGAAGACCCCGCGGAAGGUCCCUCCUCAUCGCGCUUGGCGACACCACCACCUCGGGAAGCGGUCGACGCCGCACCUGGAGAGCAGGCCGCAAGUGCAGCGGAGCCUCGGAGCGUUGCGAUAUCCACCUCGCUCGCAGGUCCUGGUAUCAGGCUAGCAGAUGUGCUCAAGAGCCCUGCACCGCCAGAGCGUAGCCUUUCUUCCGCAUCGCCCAGCCGAUCGCAGACCCACUCUCACGCUGGCCCCUCAGUGCUCAUGGAUGGCAGUCGGCCACGCGCCAUGGGGAGCGUGCAAGGAGAGGUACCCUAUGAAGAGGCGCUGCAGGCUGCGGCUCGCGCUACUGCGGCUCAGAGGACAGCGGAGUCAGCUCAAUUGGUGCGACCUGUCGCAAACACUGUCACCUCGAGCACAGUGCAAAGAUUCGAUCGCGACUCGACAUCAGAGGCCUUUGCCUCGCCAGUCGGAGCACUAGCAGACCCGGCCACCACUUCAGCACCAAGCGAGAUUGCCGACGCGAAGAGUUUUGCUGAUCUGUCUGAGGCGAAGGCUUCAGAAGCUCACGUGGUCACUUCAGAACCCCAGAGGACGCCAGCAUGGCAUCCCCAGGGAGUUCUCUACCCUGAAAGUAGAAGCAUUUCGACUCCUCAGGAGCUGGUCGACCUCGUCGCUAAUCCAGAUCCUUCUCUAGACCUGAACGCAGUGGCGGAACUUGCACGAGGUCUUCCAGCCGGGCCAGGUGGUAUAGGCAUGUCGGCCUCCAUAGAUCUUGCAGAAAGCGGCGAAUUGCUGUUACGGACAUUGCAGGCUUCGAAUCUUCAGCUGGCUGCUGGCCAAGUCUUGCAGUACGCCCCCUCCGUACAACCAAGGCAUGGACUUCCCGCUCAUCCCGAUGUGCUGAGAACAGGACUGGUCUACUCUCCUGCCAUGAUGCUGCACUGCCCGCCGCAAAACAUGGACGAGGAUCCAGAAGUGUACGAUCGGCAUCCUGAACAACCCAAACGAAUCUCUGAAAUUUAUCAAAAAUUGGUUGCGCAUGGUUGUGCAAUGAGAAUGAAGAAGAUCAACAUUCGCGAGGUCACGAAAGAGGAGACCAUGCUGGUACACGAGGAAGGAGUUUGGGAUGGCGUGGAAAUUACUGCGUUCCAUACUCUGGAUGUGCUUGGCUUAAUCUCGCAGCAACUUGAAGCGUCUUCAUCCCUGUAUAUCAACCAGCACAGCGCCAAGUGUGCACGGCUGAGUGCUGGGGGCGUAAUUGAAAUGGUCGAUGCUGUGGUCUCGGGUACCAUCAGGAAUGGCUUUGCAAUCGUUAGGCCUCCGGGCCAUCAUGCAGAGCCUUCGAAGAGCAUGGGCUUCUGUUUCUACAACAACGUGGCUAUUGCGACAAAGUGGGUCAUGGAGAAGUACAAGAAUGCGGUCAAGCCCGUCAAAAGGGUUCUCAUCCUGGAUUGGAAGCGUGGCGCAACGUCCACCAGGGACGUGCACCACGGAAACGGUACACAAGACGCCUUCUGGUCAGAUCCCAACGUGCUCUACAUAUCCGUGCAUCGACACGAAGACGGCAAAUUCUUCCCUGGAGGAGAAGAUGGCGGCAUGGACAAGGUGGGAGGGGGUGCGGGCUGCGGCUUCAACGUCAACAUCCCUUGGCCAGCCGCGGGCAUGGGUGAUGGAGAGUACAUUGCGGCAUUUCAACACAUCGUCAUGCCCAUCGCGUAUGAGUUCAACCCGGACCUUGUCAUCAUCAGUGCAGGCUUCGACGCCGCUUAUGGGGACCCGCUUGGAGAAUGUUUAGUCUUGCCUGCCGCCUAUGCCCACAUGACGUACAUGCUCAGUGGACUGGCCGAAGGAAGGUGUGUGGCUGCGCUCGAAGGCGGAUACAAUCUGGAGGCUAUCGCCAACUCUGCCCUGAAGGUGACCGAGACGCUGCUCGGCGAUCCGGCUCCUAUGCCGGCUAAUCUCACUUGCAACGCGCUUGCCUCGGCGACCAUCAGACAGGUAAAAAGGGCCCAAUCAAGGUAUUGGAGGAGCAUCCACUGGGACGACAACGAUCCUUCAGCCUACGACGAUGCUGGCUUGCCAGCCUACUCUCUCUCUGAUGUCUUGCGAUCGCAUCGAGAGGCGGAGCUGCUCAGUACGUUGCCUCUUGCUCUCAUUCCGAUGGGUGACCCAAAGGAAACCAUCGUGGACGAGACGGGAGUAGUGAGAGGCAAAGGUCGCAACGUCAUGACCCUUCCGCACAGCAAGGAGGAUGAUGAUGAAGGGCAGUAUGAUUGUCGUGGGAGUGUUAUAUGCAGCGCCGACCUACUUGAUCGUACGCCGCCGCGCAAGACGAUCUUGCUGUUCGCUCAUAGCCUUGGCGACGUGCGUAUCGAGCGCCCGGGACUUGACAUUUACGCUGAAAAGGAAGCAGCGCACCUUGUCGAUGCCACUCGCACCAUCUUGGAUUGGGCUCUGGCACGAGACAUUGGCAUUCUGGAUGUCAGUGUGCCUUCUCUAGCAGCAUCGAACGAACAUGCUGUGGACGCAGUCGCAUCUGGAGAGGCUCUAUCCCGCCUUCAGAAGGUGCAAACGGCCGCCGACCAGUUGCUGCUGUACAUCUGGGACAAUUACCUCUCGCUGGUGCUGGGAGCAAAGACCGACGUCAUCUUGAUCGGACAUGGCUCCGCAUGCGAAGCCAUCAUGACUCUCUUGAAGAAUCGCGAGCCGACCCAAUUCACGAAGCAAGUCAAAGCAAUCGUACAUGUCCUCGCGCAUAGCACCAUACCGGUCCUGCCAAAGGAUAGGCCCGAGCUCAGAGCGUGGUACGGCCAGGUUUCUAAAGUAUUCCUGCCCCACGAUCACGCACUCUUUGCGGUUGGGGCGCAAGAGCGUUUCGGGCGAAGGCUUGGCAACAUUGAACGUGCUCCUGCUGCGCCUCCUGGCACGAGGGAGCGUCCAAUUGACCUGCUGCAUCGCGCAGCUUCAGACAUUCUGCAAUUUAUCGAGAAACAACUUGCGGCCCAUACCCUCAACGGCUCUGCAGGGCAGCAACCAAAGAAGAAGACAAUCAGUGCUGCACCUCUCGCUUCGCCGCGAGAUUCUUUGCAUCCUGCUGGUAUGCCCAACGGCUCGGCUCCCAUGGUAGCUGAUUCAGACGAGGUGGUGUUCGUGAGCUCAGCACAGUCAUAA